AUGUCCGUACUAGGCACUUAUCGACAAACCCACCAAGAUCUAAACUCCAAGCUAGAGUAUCAGCAUGCUGAUAUUCCCGUAUCUUACAAGGAAGGUACCUUUCACCCUCAACGAUGCUGCACUCUGAAGAAAGAAGUUUUAUCUUUAAAAGAGUACCUACUUAUGCAAACAACACGACAGAUAGAUCAGCAUGCGAACUGUGCUAGUGCCACUCUCAGUACUAAACCAGGUAGUGCCUCCUUCAAGAAUGGAGUAAAUAUCUGCUAA